CGGCCCCCCCCCUCCGCCUCACCCCCGACGGCCCGGGGAGUUUGACGAUUCAUUCCCCGAAGAACGGCUUCCGGGCGCCAGAGGGUCGCUUUCGGGAGGACGGCGAUCGGAUGUCCACCCGCCACUCCGAGGCUGACAGACGGGAAAAUGGGAUGAAACUGCAGCCGGAGGGAUGGAGUUGCCGCCGCUGACCCUGGGUGUUCUGGGCUCCCCCCCGCCUCCCGCUCCCCCUCCCUCGGCCCCCCGCUUCCCGCUUGUCCCCGCUCCUCCUCAUCAUGAACGGCGCCCCUUCUCCUGAGGAUGGGGCCCCGCCGCCCCCUCCUCCUCCUCCUCCUCCUCCUCCUCCUCCUCCUCCCAGCUGGCGGGAGUUCUGCGAGUCCCACGCGCGGGCCGCGGCCCUGGACUUUGCCCGCCGCUUCCGCCUCUUCCUGGCCUCCCACCCCCAGUACGCGGGGCCCGGGGCCGAGGCCGCCUUCUCCCACCGCUUCGUCGAGCUCUUCCUGCAGCACUUUGAGGCCGAGGUGGCCCGGGCCUCGGGCUCCCUGUCCCCCGCCGGCUCCACGGCCCCGAGCCCCGGGGCGGGGGCCCCCCCGGAGCCGGCCCCCCGCGACCCCGCCCCGGCCGGCCUCGGGGACGACGGCCCCGCCGCCCGGCCGGGGCCCUCGCGCUCCUCGGAGGACCUGGCCGGCCCGCUCCCGUCCUCCGUCUCCUCCUCGUCCUCCUCGUCCUCCUCCAAGCCAAAGCUGAAGAAGCGUUUCUCCCUGCGGUCGGUGAGCCGCUCGGUGCGCGGCUCGGUGCGCGGGAUCCUGCAGUGGCGGGGGGCCGGCGACGGCCCCUCCCCGGCCGGCCCCCCGGACCCCCCCGCCUCCGGUCCCCCCGUGCUCGGGGGGAACAGCAACUCCAACUCGUCCGGCGGCGGCGGCGGGGGACCCCCCGGAGGAGCGUCGUCCUCCCCCGGGGACAGGUGGACUCGCCGCUUCGAGAGGCUGAGACUGACCCGGGGUGCGGGGGCUCCCAAGGACGGGCCGGGGGCCGUGAGGAGGGAGGGGCUGCUGAGCUUCAUGGGGGCCGAGGAGGCGGGGGCCGCCGGCGGGGGACGGAGGCCCGGGGCCACGGGCCGGGGACCCCCUCGGUGGCAGAAAUGCCGCCUGCUGCUGAGAAGCGAGGGAGAUGGAGGAGGCGGGAGUCAGCUGGAAUUCUACAUCCCACCCAAGUCGUCUCGGCCCCGGGUCAGCGUCCCCCGUUCGGCCGUCACAGACGUGCGGACCACCACGGCCCUGGAGAUGCCCGACCGGGAGAACACCUUUGUGGUUAAGGUGGAGAACUCCCUGGAAUACAUCUUGGAGACAGCCGACGCCCUGCAGAUGCGGUCCUGGGUGUCAGACAUCCAGGACUGGUUGAGCCCGGGUGGGACCCCGUCGGCCCCCCUCGCCCUCCUCCCCCCGCCCAGAGAGAACCCAGACAGCCUGGUCCUCUCCUGCCUCAAUCGCUCCGAGAGUCUGCCCGGCCACGACGUGCCCCUGGGGCCCAGUGAGAGCAACGAGCACCUGUCUCAGGGGGCGUACGGGGGCCUCUCGGACCGUCCUUCGGCCUCCGUCUCCCCCAGCUCGGCCUCCAUCGCCGCCUCCCACUUCGACUCGAUGGAGCUGCUGCCUCCGGAGCUGCCUCCCCGGGUCCCCAUUGAUGAGGGGCCCCUGGGGGGGGUGGCUUACCCCUCCUCGGCUCCUUUCCCCCCCGCCGACACCCCGGACGCCACAGGGUCGUCGUUCCUGUUCCAGGGGGAGCCGGACGGGGGUGAGGGGGACCACCCCCUCUCAGAAUACCCCUGGUUUCACGGGACCCUCUCCCGGCUCAAGGCGGCCCAGCUGGUGCUGGCGGGGGGCGCCGGCAGUCACGGCGUCUUCCUGGUGCGUCAGAGCGAGACCCGGCGAGGGGAGUACGUCCUCACCUUCAACUUCCAGGGCAAGGCCAAGCACCUGCGCCUCUCUCUAAACGAGGACGGCCAGUGCCGCGUGCAGCACCUCUGGUUCCAGACCAUCUUUGACAUGCUGGAGCAUUUCCGGGUCCACUCCAUCCCCUUGGAGUCGGGGGGCUCCAGCGACGUCACCCUCAUCAGCUAUGUGGUCGCCUCCCAGAGACUCCACGGCCGGGAACGGGCCGGGAGCCGAGCUGGGGUGUGUGAGGGAGAUCGCUGCUACCCUGACGCCUCCUCCACCCUCAUCCCCAUCGGAGCGAGUGAUUGUGUAACCGAGCAUCUCCCAUGAUCCGCCCCGGUCCCCCGACCCCCCUCCGUGGUCAGACCCCCGACACCUCGGGGAGGAAGAGGAGGAGGAGGAGGAGCCAGCA